GCGGCCAUUUCUCCUCCCGCCUACAGAUGUCCACUUAGCUCCCGGUCUGUGCUGCUUCCCUCCUCUGCUCCCGCGGACCCGCGGCCACCAUGGCGCAUUAGAGGCAGCCGUGCCUGCGGCAGCAUUGGCCUUUGCAGCGGCGGCAGCAGCACCAGGCUCUGCAGCGGCAUCCCCCAGCGGCUUAAGCCAUGGCGUUUUUCACGGCACCCAGCAGCAGCGUUGCUGUAACGGACAAAGACAUCCUCGAAUUACACACAUUCCUCGAUUCCAGCAAAACCCCGCAGCAUGACCGAGAUGAGUUUCCUGAGCAGCGAGGUGUUCGUGGGGGGCUUCGUGUCCCCCUUCGACCAGUCGGGUUUGGGGGCUGAAGAAAGUCUAGGUCUAUUAGACGACUACCUGGAGGUGGCCAAGCACUUCAAACCUCGUGGAUUCUCCAGUGACAAGGCUAAGGCGGGCUCCUCCGAAUGGCUGGCUGUAGAUGGCUUGGUCAGUGCCUCAGACAACGGCAAGGAGGAUGCCUUCUCCGGGACAGAUUGGAUGGUGGAGAAAAUGGAUCUGAAGGAGUUUGACUUUGAUGCCCUAUUGAGUUUUGAUGACCUGGAAACCAUGCACGAUGAGCUUUUGGCCACGUUGGAUGACACGUGUGAUCUUUUUGACCCCCUAGUCCAGGAGACUAAUAAGGAGCCCCCCCAAAUAACAAACCCAAUUGGCCAUCUUUCAGAAAGCUUACCAGAAACUGACCAGGUUGCCCCAUUCACCUUCCUGCAACCUCUUCCUCUUUCACCAGGGGCCCUGUCCUCCACUCCAGAUCAUUCCUUUAGUUUAGAGCUAGGCAGUGAAGUCGAUAUCUCUGAAGGAGAUAGAAAGUCAGACUCCACUGUUUACAUUUCCGUGAUCCCUCAGUGCAUAAAGGAGGAGGAUGCCACCUCAGACAAUGAUAGUGGCGUUUGUAUGAGCCCUGAGUCCUAUCUGGGCUCUCCCCAGCAUAGCCCCACUACCUCCAGGGCCUCUCCAAAUAAGAGCCUGCUGUCUCCAGGUGCCAGCUGUGGUGGCUCUGCCCGCCCCAAACCCUAUGACCCACCUGGAGAGAAGACAGUGGCAGCAAAAGUAAAGAGUGAGAAGCUGGAUAAGAAACUGAAAAAAAUGGAGCAGAACAAGACAGCAGCCACUAGGUACCGCCAGAAGAAGAGAGCAGAGCAGGAGGCCCUCACUGGCGAGUGUAAAGAGCUAGAAAAGAAGAAUGAGGCUCUGAAGGAGAGGGCAGAUUCCUUGGCCAAGGAGAUCCAGUAUCUGAAAGAUUUGAUAGAGGAGGUCCGCAAGGCAAGGGGAAAGAAAAGGGUCCCCUAGUUAGGGUAGUCUGUGCUUGUACAUAGGAAGCUUGCCUGAAGCUGUGUGUUGUAAUAAAUUAUUUUGUAGUGAAAGUA